AUGGCGAGGAUCACCCGUAGAAAAGCGAACACCCCUGAUGUUGGAGAAAGUAUCCCUUUACCUACUAGGCACGGAGUAAGUCAGGAGUGCACGAUGGUUAAUGAAGACUUUGACAAACUCUCUGUAAGUGAGCUUUUGAGUAGUAUCAUUGAGACUAAUAAGGAUCCCAUCAUUGGCAAGAUGCUCAUGGCCCUCUCUGAUAAAAUUUCAAAUAGUUUUUCUGAUUACUUUGAGCGGGAAAAACGUUCACGAAGCAUUGUAAUUGCCGGGGCUGGCUUUAGGCAAAUUGUGAGUGAGCCCACCCACUCUGGGAACAUUCUUGACGUGAUUUUUAUUUCCAGGCCCAUAGUGGAUGGUGUUAGAGUCCUUCCCCCCCUUGCCACGUCUGAUCACUCUAUGCUUUCUUUUUCGGUGGAUGCUUCCCUCCCUCCCUCGCAAGUGCCUCUACCCAAACCUGACUUUCUCCGGACGGAUUACACAGCCUUAGGUCGCAGCCUUAGUGAAGUUGAACUGGGUACGGGUUCUGCUCCGUUGUUUACAGGAGUUUAUCUUCAACUGUUCCUUUUCGUUAUCCACGAUCAUCCUGGGUCACGUUCCCCACUCACAUUAAGAAUUUAA